CGAACUCCUUCAUUUAUACGUUUAAUUCAUUGACCGCUAUCUCGUCUCAAAUCCAUCGUACGACAAUAGUAAUUAACAAAAAAAGUUUCUAGUAUGCGACACUAGAAGACGUUUGUGCUGUAUUCGGUGUAUUCCAGACAACAUAGUGAUGUGUAUAGUGUGAAUUGUGGAAUUAAUAUUGAUUGUAGCAGGUCUAAUUUAAACGAAAAUUGAACAAAAGGAAUACCGCUCUUAAUAAUGAAGUUAAUAGUCAGCCUGAAAGAUGUGACUGCAGUCUUUGUCAUAAUUUGCCUACAUGCGGCAACUUUUGUUAGUUCCCUGCAAGUGGGGACUACGAAUCAAAAUGUUAUGAUGUAUGAUAAUAAAGUAAUGAACAAGUAUCGUUUGCCUAAUGACACGGUGCCGAUACACUAUAAUAUUAAAUUGGAUCUAAACAAUAUCACGUUUAUGGGCGAAACAGAAAUUUAUUUGAAAGUGCUGAGACCAACGCUAAAUAUCGUUUUACAUUCUAAUGUUACGAUAGACGAAUCGGAGACGAGUGUAAGAGACGAGGACAAUAUUUUCAAACCAAACGAACAUGUUUACGAUUUUGACACGGAUAUGUUGCACCUACGUUUCAAUAAUAGCUUAAAUUCAGGAGUUUACGUUUUGUAUCUUAAGUUUGUCGGAGUGUUGGCCGGCGAUCUCUGUGGAGCUUUCAGAUCUUACUAUCCAGAUGUGGAUUAUAAUUACGCGCUAAUUUUUGGAACGCAUUUUCAAAAAACGUCCGCACGUCGCGCUUUUCCUUGCUGGGACGAACCAGCACUUAAAGCUACGUUCAACGUUUCUUUGAAACAUGAUACGAAUUAUACGGCAUUGUCGAAUAUGCCGGCAUAUAUGAUGGAACACGAUGAAAGCGACAAGAAAGUCUGGACCCAUUUCGAGACCACGCCAGUUAUGUCGACCAACAUUCUGGCUUUUUUCGUUGUCAAUUAUCCUAACAUUACCAAUUCGGACGGGACAGUCAGAGUAUGGGCUAGAAGACAAAAAAUCAACGCCGCAACGUAUUUCUUGGACAUAGUGCAAAAAGCAACAGAUGAGUUGUCACGAUUCCUCAACAGUACGGUUCGCGUCCCAAAAAUGGAUCACGUUAUUAUACCACAUUAUUCUGCAAGCGCUACCGAGAAUUGGGGCGUUGUCGUUUACGCGGAAGGUACGGUCCCAUACAUAAGUGAUAUGAGGAGCAUUGAAUCCAGAAUGCUUCAAGUGAUGACUGUCACUCAUGAAAUGGUACACCAAUGGUUUGGAAAUUUAGUUAGUCCAGCUUGGUGGAAAUAUUUUUGGUUAAGCGAGGGUACAGCUACGUAUUUAAAGUAUUACAUCACUGACAAGUUCUUCAAAAGCUGGAGAGUAAUGGACAACAUAAUAUUUCAUCAAAUGAAAUCCUUUGAUUCGGACGACAGCACUUAUGUCGAUCACAUAAAUAGAGAUUACAUCAGCCCUCGGAUCACCAGAGGCGACUACGCUCUCAGCUAUAUAAAACCUGCGAUGAUUUUUUGGAUGCUCACUCAUAUACUCGGCGAGAAUGUUUAUCGAGCUGGUUUAUUGAACUACAUCAGUGCACACGAGUACAGCAGUGUUACAUCGGAUGAUCUGUGGGAAGCAAUGCAGAUUGCGUUGAACACAUCGAACUCCGUCCAUAAAGAUUUUCAAGUGAAAGAGGUAAUGGACACUUGGAUAGAACAUCCUGGAUAUCCUAUGGUGAUCGUCACUAGAAACUACACUACUGGUAGCGUAACUAUACGCCAACAGCCGUCAUUAUUCAGUAAAGAUAAAACUAGAAUUCACCAGAAAUGGUGGAUUCCUAUCAAUUACGCGACCAGAUCUGCGCCGGAAUUUUCAGCAACCAAACCUGUGUUCUGGUUGCGACCAAGCGAUAAAGACAUAGUAAUCGAAGGGAUCGAUGUUGGCGACUGGAUAAUUGUUAAUCUACAACACACUGGUUAUUAUCGUGUAAAUUAUGACUCGACGAAUUGGAGAAAAAUCGUUAAAUAUUUAAAUACGAACGAUUACGCGAAAAUACACGCGGGAAAUCGUGUUCAUCUUAUGGACACUGCUUAUAACCUGAUGAAAACCAAACAACUUAACGUCACCACUUUUAUUCAUCUCACCAAUUAUUUGCAUCGUGAAACGGAUCCUGUUGUAUGGAAGUAUGUGCUGAGUAAUUCACAUCUGAGAUACGCGUACUUCAGGCAUUCCAAGGGAGAAGUUUUAAAAUCACAUAUUCUCGGUUUAAUGAACGCCUUUAUCGACACCAUUGAUUAUGAGACACUUUUCGCUGAGGACGAUUUCUCCAUGUCUGUAAAACUAGAAGCUUUAAAUUGGGCUUGCAGAUUUGAUCAUCGUGAAUGCAAGGAACAAGCAACACGACGAUUAAUUGCAUAUUUGAACGAUCCAGUAGCAAAUACAAUACCAUAUGAUGCGAAGUAUUGGGUUUUCUGCAUGGGAUUAGCCCGCGCAAAUCGAUCAAUUUGGGACAUGGUAUAUCAAGAACUGUCAAGAAUGCAGGAACGCACUUUCUUCGAUACAUUAGGAUACCUGAGUUGCACAGAGGAUCCGAGUAUCAUCAAGCAUUAUUUGAAUUUGUCCUUGGCCGAAAACACAACAAUAUCAAAAUUCACAUAUCCGAUCAGCAUCCUAAACAAUAUUGACGUGGACUUACCAGAGAAUAUAGAUGCAGUCAUAGAAUUUAUUAUGGAAAAUUUGACACGAAUCACUGAUGCAACAAACGAAUUGAACAAUAUUUUAUAUAACCUUAUCUGGAAAAUAAGCAGACAGGAUCAAAUGGAUAAGUUGAAAGAGUUUCUACGAAGUAAUGGAAUUAACGAAGAUUCCAAUAUACUCUACCGUGAAAGGAAUUUGUCGGAAAUUGAUGAAGAACUUACCAAAAUUUUAGAUUGGUUAAGGAUAAGUAACAUUACAGACACAACCGACUCAGAAUGAAGGCAGCAAAUAGUUUACAGAACGCUAGAGAUGAGUAUCAUAUAAAUAUGUUGCUAAUCUGGAUUAGUUUGUACUACCACAAGGACUUUAAUUGUAUCACUAUGAUCAUAAACCAUAAUUGCUUUUUUUAAUAAGAAAGAAUUAUACUUAUAAAUUAAAUAUAACCACAUUAUCUGAUAAUUAUUAUAUUGUUACGUCCCAGCUUAUCUGAGACUCUUUCUUGGGAUCUUUGUCUUCAAUUAAAGAGCUAAAGCUCACCUUAUCUGUAUUUAAUUGGAAAAGAAGGAAUUUUGGGAUUCUAUAAUAAUUGUCACUAAGUUUGAGUAUUAACAAAUAUAAUUAUGAAACAAAACUGAGUUUGGGAUUACUUACAAACAAGAAUAAAAACUAUACAAUUGAAAAUGGUUUAACAAUACCAAUCGUUGAUCUUAUGCUAUCGGCGGCGUUGUCAGGUUGUCCCGGGCUCGGCUGUGGCGAGGAUCUGGUCUGGUUGUACACUCGCGACACGGGACUCUAAUAAUUGGCGAAUAAUAAACGUCGGACUUUUGGAUAUUUCCAUUAUGGUUAGUUAUUGAUAAAACAUGUGUUAAUGAAAUAAUUUCCCUUUGUUAUCGUAUUUUGAAUUAUUUUCGUUAUUAAAUUUAUUACUUUUAA